AUGGAGCGAGUACGGGCCAUGCUGGGGGCGAGCGCUGCAGACCAGGCAGCAGCUAAGGAGGCGGCGGUCAACGCGGCGAACACUCGCGCGCUCCGUGCCUCGCUCCAAGCGCUGAAGCGGCACAGCAACAGCUCGAUAGGGUGCACCGCGUACACGACAGCGCUCACCACAGCAGCGGGAGCGGGGGAGCACACGUGUCCUGACCCCAACCUGUGCCCCCCUGGCAACCGGUGCAAGCCCGCUGAGCCUGGUGGAGUGAGCUUUGCCGAGCGAGCCAAGAGUCUCGGCAUUCGGUACGAGACUUUCAGCGACGCACGUGUGCGGAUGCACAACACGAACCACGACAUCGCCCCCAGGGACGCUGUGAGUGACGGGUGCUACGUGUAUAACGAGCGCAAGACACGGAGUGACGUGACGAAUCCCGAGGUAAUGGCUCUCGCCAAGGCUUUUUGGCACUCCGACGACGUUUCCCGAGCGAAGGACAUGUACAACCCCGACUUGGUUGGCAAGGUGAUGGAGAAGUCGGGCAAGGAGAAGGUUGGGAGACGCACGUUUGGGACUCAAUUGACCGGCGGUAUUGUUCCGGUGAUAUCUUCGGACGAGUCUCCUGUGGCGCCUACUCCCAACCCCAUGCCUAGUCCGACGCUUGACGAGAGCAUGGGGGAGCAGGAAGAUGGGGAGGAGGAGAUGGAGGAGGAGAGGGAGGAGGAAGAGGAUGAGGAGGAGGACGGGGAGGAGGGGGAGGACGGGGAGGAGGAGGAGGAAGAGGAGAGGGAGGAAGAGAGAUACGUAAGCUCAAGAGGGCGCGUACGCAUUGCGAAGAGGAGGUUCUCGGAGUUGGGCUAG